UUUUUUUUUGAUUGGUUUGCCACCACCACCUCUCCGGCUGUUGGCUCUAUUAAAUAUAUUUUUGUGUGUGCUUGUGUGCUUGGGCAUAAUUUUCCAUGCGGUUACUUUGCCACCCUCAUCAUGUCAAAGUACGUUUCUCUGUGAGAUGCAUUACUGAAUAUGCCCUGCUAGAAAUACUGACGUGAGAGUGUCUUACUCUGCACAAAUUAUAAGUGGCUUGUGGAAAUGCUUUCAUUAAUGUAACUUUAUGGCGUUGUAGAAAUUCAUAGAGCUGUGUGCUCUUCUCCUCUGUGCCUGAGGUUCUGGAGGGAGCAGGGCUUGAUGUUGGGCAACGCUGAGUUGCGUUUUGGUGUCUUGACAUCCAGCUACUUGAAUGCUGGAAGCUCCUGUGAUCUGCCAGUACUUCCUGGCAGCUGCAGCCAGGUGUGGCUUUCAGUAUGCCUUGGAAACAAGGAAUCCGAGAUGAUUUUCAACAUUUUUUUUUUCCUUCUGAAGCAGAGUGCAGUGGGUUUCUUCCUAUUUCCCAUUUCUGUGACGUGUACUAACUGCUUCAACCUCUGUGCACAGGCAAGCAUUGAGGAGUGGACAGCUGAGCAUGCAGCCAUGGCUGGCGGAUCAGCCUUGUCCCAAAAUGCUCACAUUCUUUCACACCAGUUGCUCAGUUGGCCAACACUCUCCUGAUGAACAGUAUAUACUUGUUGCAGUGCAGUCAAUGCUGUGCAAUGAGGCAAAUUUUUAGGUGUAUUUCUCCAGUGAUAACCUGGAGGUCUCCUUGUGUACAGCAGGAAGUUCUUUUGGGCAUUGUUUGGGGAGUAGAGUUUCAAAGCCAUCCACCUCCCCUUCUUGAACGUUUCAACUUAUAUUUGGCUUACUAAACCUCAGUUCACCUCCCUGGCAAAGGAGGUCACUUUCCAGAAACCCCCAUCUAGCUGAUUUUCAGUCCUAUUUGAAGAUGUAAAUUCUAGUUGGAGCAGCAGCUGUCGUUUAAAAACAAGCAAGUCUUUCUUGCUCAUGCCCUCAGAGAUUUCUGUUGAAGCAAACAGAUGAGCUUAUAUAUAAAUAUGUAUAUGUGCUUUUUUUAAUGAGAAGUGCUGGAAUUCACUAAAAAAGGUUAGAAUCGAAGUGAGUAAUCUUCAGUGCAUAAUGCAAUUGUUAAUUUUAGUUCUUUGCGUAGGAGCUGUUAUGCCUUGAACAGCCGGCUCUAGCCUUCAUUAGAGAAGAAGCAGGCAGUUUUGAGACAGGUGGAGCUGGAUCAAGCUGUGAAAGUGAUUUACUUGAAGCUGGUCAUUAGUGUUGACGAUGAUCCAUCAAACUCUCUGAAGAAGCAGCAUGGAGAUAGGUGUGCUGAACUGCUAAUGGGGACAUGGGACUCAAGUUGUCGUUGAUCAUUUGCGUGGACUUAACUAGCGAAGAGCAACAGAAGACGCUAGGAAGACAGUGGGAAUUAUAGCAGUUUUUCAGGUCACCAAAUCUUGUUAUUUUAAUUUCUGUCUGGAAGAAUGUCUGAGCAAGGUAAAUUGAACCAGGAGACAGCAGAGGAAGCUGCGAAAGAGCAGGAGUCUGCCAUCUCAGAAGCAACCCCAGACAACUGUAUCCUUAAUAAAUCUGAAAGCUCAGAAGUAGAGGAGAAAGAGGAAAAACUGAGCGAUGGCAAGACAGAGCUGCAGGUGUUACUGCCAACAAAAAGUUGUUUUGCAAAGCCUAAGAAGAAACGAGGUGCAAACCAGCAGAAAAAGAGAUCUAAGUCAGGAGCUAAGGGAAAGCUCGUCCGGAGUCUUGCUGUGUGUGAGGAGUCAUCCCCUCGCCCAGGAGCGGAAACCCUUCACGACAAUCAGGAAUCGAUACAACUACAGCUUUCAAGUUUUCCUAGUUUGCAAGAAGAAGAUAAAACUAAUAAAGAUGACUCCGAGAAAGAAAAAGAGAAAGAUAAAAAUAAAGAGAAAAACAGUGAGAAAAACAAGAUCAGAAUGUUAUCAAAAGAUUGCAGUCAAGAGUAUACAGACUCAACGGGGAUAGAUUUGCAUGAGUUUCUCAUUAACACAUUAAAGAAUAACCCCAGGGACAGGAUGAUACUCUUGAAAAUGGAACAGGAAAUUAUUGAUUUUAUUAGUGACAACAAUAAUCACUAUAAAAAGUUUCCUCAGAUGUCUUCAUAUCAGAGGAUGCUGGUACACAGAGUGGCAGCUUACUUUGGGAUGGAUCACAAUGUGGAUCAAACUGGGAAAUCUGUAAUUAUCAACAAGACCAGCAAUACCAGAAUACCAGAGCAAAGGUUUUCUGAACAUUUAAAAGAUGAAAAAGGUGAAGAAUCCCAGAAGCGAUUUAUCUUGAAGCGAGAUAACUCUAGUAUUGAUAAAGAAGACAAUCAGCAAAACAGAAUUCUUCCAUUUAGAGAUGACAGACGAAGUAAAUCAAUUGAAGAGAGAGAAGAGGAGUAUCAGAGAGUGAGGGAGAGAAUAUUUGCACAAGAUUCAGUUUGCUCCCAGGAAAACCUUUUUGUGGAAAACAGUAGGCUCUUGGAAGACAGUAGCAUAUGCAAUGAUACCCAUAAGAAAAGACAGCUGUUUAGGGGGAACAGAGAUAGCACAGGGAAGGCAUCUGGCAGUCGGCAGAGCAGCACGGAGAAUGAAUUGAAAUGGACAGACCACCAGAGGCCAUGGAGCAGCACAGACUCGGACAGUUCAAAUCGAAAUUUGAAGCCAGCCAUAACAAAGACAGCAAGUUUUGGUGGCAUAACCGUCCUGACAAGAGGAGAUAGCUCAUCAAGUAACAGAAGUACCGGCAAACUGUCUAAAACAGGUAGCUCAGAGUCUUCCAGCAGUGCUGGCUCCUCAGGAUCCCUGUCACGAAUACAUCAGCCUCUCCAAAGUGCACCUCUUGUCCCCGGGUUGACUGCCAGCAAUUCGGGCAGCGUGUCCUACCCUGAGAACGGGAUGAGUGGCCAGGUGGCUCCCAGCAACACCAGCUAUAUCAUUCUUCCACUUGAAGCUGCAGGGAUACCUCCUGGCAGUAUCCUGCUCAACCCACACACAGGUCAACCUUUUGUAAAUCCUGAUGGGACACCGGCAAUAUACAAUCCUCCCAGCAGCCAGCCGACAAUGAGGAGCCAGAUGGUGGGACAGUCUCAGCAACAGCCUUCAUCCCAGCAGCCUCAGCAGGUUCAACAGCCUCAGCAGCAAAUGGCAAGUCACCUUGUCACACAGCCUGUUCAGGCAAUGCAGCCAUCUUCUCAGUCAGUCCAAUAUCCAGCAGUUUCUUAUCCUCCCCAGCACCUCCUGCCAGUCUCUCCAACGCAACAGUUUUCUGUGCGAGAUGACAUGACCACCCAGUUUAACCAGAUGAGCUUAAGUCGUCAGUCAUCUGGAGACAACCCCGAAUCGCCUUCUGGUCCUGUCUACCCGUCACCCAUUCUACAGCAGCCUGCCCAGCAGACGGGUUACAUCAUGGCUUCCCCAACUCAACAGCUUCCCCCAGGAGGCUUUACAGGUUCAGGUCCACCAGUGUCCCAGCAAGUGCUGCAGCCACCACCGCCACCCCAGGGCUUUGUGCAACAGCCACCACCACCUGCUCAGAUGCCAGUGUAUUAUUACCCAUCUGGUCAGUACCCUACCUCAACAACUCAGCAGUACAGACCCAUUGCCUCAGUUCAGUACAAUGCACAGCGGAGUCAACAAAUCCCACAGACUGCACAGCAAGCAGGUUACCAGCCUGUCCUGCCGAACCAGCAGCAAGGGUUCCAGGGCCUCAUGGGAAUGCAGCAGCCUCCCCAAAGCCAGAGCCUGAUGAAUAAUCAACAGGGAAACCAGGUGCAAGGCAUGAUGGUGCAGUAUCCAGCCAUGUCGUCUUAUCAGGUGCCAAUGACCCAGGGUUCUCAAGGACUGCCACAACAAUCAUAUCAACAACCAAUCAUGCUACCUAAUCAAUCAGGUCAAGGAACACUUACAGCCACUGGAAUGCCUGUUUACUGUAAUGUCAUACCUCCUGCCCCACAGAACAACCUACGGUUGAUUGCCCCACACUGCCCCUCCAAUAACGUUCCAGUUAUUUCUGCCAGCUGCAGGACAAACUGUGCGAGCAUUAACAAUGCAGGGUGGCAGGUCAAGUACUGACGCUGUGGCCUAGCGCGGAUAUACGAGGAUAGCGGUGCAUUAUUUGACAAAUAUCUCAUGGCCUUCAAAUGAAGAGGAACACAAGAUCAACAAGAUCAGUUGAGGACAUAAGUACUGACUAUGCUCAAGUGAUUUGCUGCUGGAAAAAUCUGUAAAAAAAAAAAAUAA